CCUAGAUUAAGCCCCGCCCUCUUUUGCUCUCUAGCUUCUCUAUUCCUCUGCACUGUUACAAUGGCAGUGAUGGCGGCGGCCGCGACGGCCGCGGCGGCCGGAGCAUGCUUCUACCUAUUUAAUUCUGGCUCAUCACGCGUAUUCCUUCCCUGUCCAUCUGCUUCUCUUAAGCUCUCUUCUCUCCCAUCUGUCCGAAAGCUGAAGCUCUUCUUUCCGCACCGCCAAUGCACCGCUGCGCAAGAUACCGAGUUGGAGGUGAAGGAAGAUCUGGAGCUGACUCAAGAAUGGGAAGCUGGGGAAUCGAUCUUGCAAGGGGAGGCGAAUCGGAGAAAGCUAUACGUGGUGAACUUGCCGUGGAGCUACUCGGCUUCCGAUCUUGAGAAUCUCUUCGGGCAGUGUGGCGCUGUCGAUUAUGUGGAGGUAAUUAAGAUGCAGGAUGGGAGGAACAGGGGACUUGCUUUUGUCACCAUGGAUUCACCGGAGGCGGCACAGGCUGCCAUUGAUAAAUUGAAUUCUUUUGAGUUAGCAGGAAGGAUUAUUAAAGUUGAACUAGCAAAGAGUUUCAGUAAACCCUCACCUAAAAAGCCUCAACCGAUUACCCCGGUGGGAGAAACAAGACACAAGAUCUAUGUAGGAAAUCUUCACUGGAAAGCAAGAGCAGGCAAUCUUAGAGAAUUCUUCUCUACCAAAUUUAAGCCAGUUUCUGCUAGAGUUGUCUUCGAAAACCCAUCAGGGAGGUCUGCUGGGUAUGGAUUUGUUUCUUUCGACACCAAGCAAGAGGUGGAGACUGUUAUUUCUGAAUUGGAUGGGAUGGAACUAAUGGGAAGACCUCUCAGAUUAAGAGUUAGUCAAAAGAACGGCAAUGAAUCUGAAACUAGACAAGAAGACUCAACUCAAGGGCAUUUUGAAUGAUCCUGAAACCUAUUGUUGCAGCACUAGCGUAUUUUGCCAGCGAAGGUUUCGGAUUCGAGAAAGAAGAUUGGCAUUGCUAAGAUGAUUCGUCAUCUUUGCCUCUCAAUGAAAGAAGAACUUGAGUGACAAAUAUGAAAAAAAGCAUACAUAGGUUUGUUUGGGGCAACUGCAACUUAUCAGUUUAUCAACGAAGCUUAGCUGCCCCAGUAAACUGCUGCGGGAAAGCUGACAGCUUGUUUGUUUUUUACAGUUUGAAAACAGCUUUGUGGCAACUGUUUCUGAAAAAAAGACAAUUC